CAAUCUCUGCACAUUUCUCCAGCCUUCUCUUCUCCAGUUUGUUUGUGGUGAGAGGCUCUACUGCCAUAGCCGAAGCACCGUGUUUCUCUGUGAACUCUUGAUCAUUACCUCUGGGGACUCAUAUUCAUGGUUAUGUUAUCGAACUUGGUUUAAGUAACGAUGUUUUCACCCAAAAAAAUCUGAUCAGAAUGUACUCAAAAGGUGGCCGCUUGCCUGAUGAAUGUAAGGUGUUUGAUGACAUGCCUCAGAGAAAUAUGGUUUCUUGGGCUUUGCUCAUAUCUGGUCUGUUCAGGGGUGCGAAACUGAAUUGGGAUUAGAGACGUGCUUGGAUAUGGCAAGAUGAGUUUGUUCUUGGUAGUGUUAUGAAGAGGUGUCUUUCUAUGGAAGCUGGAAUUUUUGGUGUGUCUAUUCAUUGUUGGGUGCUAGUUCGGCAAUUCAACUUUGAGUUUCUCUGUAAAAUGGAAGAUACUGAAGCUGCAGAUAGAGUUUUCAAGUAUAUGGAGAAAGUAGAUGUCGGUUGUUGGAAUUCUAUCCUCGGUGGAUAUGCCCACGUGGGGUUUGACGUUGAAGCUCUGAGCAUUGCAUCCUCAAUGUGAUGUCAAGGACUAAAGUUUGACAAAUAUACCUUUGUCAGCUCUCUUCAAGGAAGUUCAGUGGAGUCAGAUUUGCAUUUUUGGAGGCAGAUUCGUGGACUGAUUCUCAGAACUGAAGAAGUUAUAGUAUGUCUGUAAGAAUGCUCUUAUGGACUUGUACACCAAGAAUGCCAGGGUAGAUUGUGCAAUGGAAGUUUUUGGGAAAAUGGUUGAUAGGUAUAUUUUCACAUGGAAUACUGCAUUUGGUUGCCUUAUUCAUACCAAGGGUUCGAAGAAAGUCGUGAACUUCUUUCCCAAUUUUAUGUUAAGCAGCAUAAGUCCCAAUCAUAUUACAUUCUCAUUACUAUUUAGGCUAUGUGGGGAGCUAGUGGAUGAUGUGAUUCUUGGUCUUCAGUUUUGUCCUCUUGCAGUCCACUUUAGAUUCUUUCAUGAAGUAAACGUAACAUCUUCUCUUGUUAAGCAGCAUAAGUCCCACAUGUCUGUCAGAAAAUAGUUCAGCUUAUUCAUGGAGAUCAAAUCUGGAUUUGCUUCUCAUGGGAACUGUUGCAGCUCUCUAGUCUAAGGCUGUGCUAAACUGCGUAUGUUUCCUGAUUCUUCCUUCUUCUUUUUACGCAGUGGCAGAAGAAUUGAUUUAGCUUCUUGGGGAACCAUGUUAUUCGCAUUGUUAAAUCAAGGCCAUGAACAAUAAGCCGUCAGAUUUUGAAAUCUCUACUAGAAACUGGUGGGAGACCUGAUGAAUUUAUUCUGGGUAGUAUUCUUGGCAGUUGGUGGCAGUAGCGGCGGUUAUUUUAGGAUCAAAGCUGGCCAACCUGUUGUCGCCAAAUUAAGUUACGAUGAAGACACAUUUGUUGCUAGUGCAAUGCUAGACGGCAAUGCAAAAUGUGGAGACAUCACAAGUGCAAGAACUGUUUUUUAUCAAUCAUCAAGAUUCCAUGAUGUCGUCCUAUACAAUGCUAUGAUCAUGUGUUAUGCCCAUCAUGGUCUAGGCUUAGAAGCUCUAGAUAUGUUUGGGAAGAUGAAGGAAGUCGAUCUCCAGCCCAACCAAGCUAAGUUCGUGUCGAUCAUAUCCGCAGUGGUCAUUUGGUGGUCUAGUCUACAAAGGAUGCCUUUUGUUUGAAUCAAUGAUGUCAGAACAGGGUCUGGAACCUUCCCUGAUAAUUAUGGUUGCUUGGUGGACGUGAUUUUCCAAAAUGGGCACCUUGAAGAUGCUAAGAUGAUAUUCGAACCAAUGCAGUUUCCUCCAUGGCCUGCUAUCUUGGGAUCUCUGCUGAGGGGUUGCAGGACAUACGGACCCAAGGUGGUGGGAUAAUGGGCAGCUGCAAAGUUGAUUCGUUUGGUUCCCGUGAAUGAUGCUACUUAUGCGCUGAGGUUUAAGGUUCAUUCUGAGAGUGGUAACUGGGAAGUUGUAGUGAGUAUCAGCGUACCUAUCUCUGAGAUGGACCUCGGAAAGACUGCGUGACAGAGUUGGAUUGAGGUCAACCAAGGGUAGCUGCUGAUGCAAGUAAAACUAUGGGGAACUUGGAAUGGUCAUUGAUUAAUAGAUUACUAAGCGGUUUUAUGGUGCAGUGGAAGAGUCACUUUGAACCUCUACGCUGAAGAUUUUCUUUAGCUCUGCAGCGAUGUUGUGGUCCAUAAACCGUUUUGAAACUAUUGGCAACAGGAAUAGACUAGCACUUUCCAAGUACAGGGCUAGAGGGAAAGCGGAGAGUAGUUUGGUCUGUGCUACUUUUCUAUGUAACUGGAGAUUACUUACAUGAGAAGGUGUUCAAACAGUUGAUUGACAAAGAUACAAGAAGCCCAUCUCGGGAGCCAUGAUUGGUUCAGCUAUUAAGCUCAUUGGGGGUGUCCUCAUUUCCUACUACCUUGGGCGGGCUCUGGUUCGCCAUCUGGCUGCUGCUUUUGAUCCAAAUGUAGAUGAUGAUAAUGAUGAUCAUCAUUAUGGAUCUAAUACCCGGCGGCAAGGGGAGUCACCAAGCCGGUCUCAUCUUUACGGGGUUGCUGACAACAACACCACUAAUAAAUUCUACCGACCCUGUAAUCCACGGUCAACAUCUUCUAAAGCAUCUUCGUUUCGCUCUAAGGUGGCGGAGUCCCCAACUUCGAAGUCAACUCUGCGCCUUGCUCCCCCAAGCUCAAGUUCAACUAGUGAGGGGACAGAAGACAAGUACUUCUUCGUCCAAAAAGGCAAGUCACCAGUUUAUGAGAUUCCAGAGAAUGUUGACUGUUUGAUCAGGCAAAAUAAGGUGCCUCCAGUACUGCUGCGGAAGCCCUUAUCCGCUUCCACAUACAUAGAGUUUUUUGCUGCUCUUCUGUAUGCAGAGGACCACUAUCACAAGAAAUGGAGUGACUACAAGUUGUUCAACGUGGAUUUGGAGCUGAAGCAAGCAGCAGUUUAUGACAAGAAUCGGUCCACUGAUACCACGCGUAAUCCGAAACAUGACAAGACCUUGGCAUCAUUUGUGAUUGAUGCAGUUAGUGAGAAGCGCCCCUUACUUCUAUCCAGAGACUUUGUCAUCGCAUGUCCUUCAAAUGUACCGAGCAGCUGUACAUUUCAGGGGCUGAUCUGUCAUGUGGAGAGGACGAGUAACAUCAUCUUAGUUGAAUUCCGCCAAGAUUUCUUCUCGCAGCAUCGGCCAACUUCCAAGUACGAUGUGAGCUUCUCAUUCAACCGAGUGUGCCUUAAGAGGUGUCAUCAGGCGAUCGAAGUCGCUUCCACUCGUUCAUGUCUAAGAGGUUUCAUUUUCCCGGAUUCCCUCUCCAGUACUCGGACACGCAUGGCUACUUCAGUAUCUACCCAUAUGUUCAAUCACACACUUGACAAGCAACAAAGGGUUGCAGUUGAUCAGAUCCUGAGCCUCCAAGGACCUCCAUCAUACCUCAUAGAGGGUGAGCUAGCCGUGAAAACCGGCACGUCAAGAACAAUUACAAAGCAACAACUAUCAAGGACUGGAUUGACAGUGAAAGAGGCCGUGGCCCAACUGUAUCGAAUCAGUGUGGAUCAUCGGAUUCUUGUUUGUGCACAUGCUAACAGAACCUGCGAUGUGCUGGUGGAACAUCUGAAGGAGGACAUCAUGGACGGAAACAUGUUUCGAGCUAAUGCAGCUUUCAGGGAGAUUGAUGGGGUCCCCAGUGAGAUCCUCAGCUGGUCCGCAUACAAAGGGGAAUGCUUCACAUACCCUCCGCUCCAAGAGCUCCAGAGGUUUAGAGUCAUAGUGUCUACUUAUAUGACGAGCUUCCGUCUGCAUGGCCAGGGUAUUGCCAAAGGACAUUUUAGCCAUAUCUUCUUGGUGGAUGCUUCAGACGCAACCGAACCGGAAGUGAUGGUAGCAGUGGCUAACUUGGUGGGCGAGCAGACGGCUGUGAUAGUUUCGGGUUCAAAAGGCGGGAGUCCAGGUUAUGUUCGAUCCGACAUUGCUAGAAAGUAUGGACUUAUGACCUCCUACUUUGAAAGACUUAAAAAUUGCAGCAAUCUGUACCAUGGUUCUUCUGCUUCUUCAAUGUUCAUCAGCUUGUUGGAUGAGGAUUCAGCAAAAGGUUCGAUCCAACGCCAGGUCUCAUGGACCAAACCUCGUGCAGGAUGGGUGAAGUUGAAUGUAGAUGGAAGUAAACGUUUCGAUCCACCAUCGUCUGCGAUUGGUGGUGUUCUCAGGGAUUCGUCCGGUGAGUGGAUUGUUGGAUUCUCCAAUUAUGUUGGCCAGGCAUCCGUUCUGGAAGCUGAACUUCAAGCCUUGAGAGAUGGUCUCAACUUAACCUGGUCCCUUGGUUUCCGAAAGGUUGAGGUCAACUCAGAUUCUCAAACUGUGGUUCAUCUUCUCAAAGCUGCGGAGUUUCAUUUUCAUCCAUUGGUUACCAUUCUUGAUGAUUGUUACUCGUUAAUCAAUCGAGAUUGGGAUAUUUCAUUGCAUCACUCUCUCAGGGAAGCUAACCAAGUAGCCGAUGCUCUUGCGAAGGAAGGACAUGGAUGUGAUCCAGGUGAACGACUUUGGCGAUCUCCCCCGAUGCACAUCGCAAUGAUGGUGGACCAAGACAAAAGAGGUGUGCAAUUUGUUAGACGGUGAUCGACUUAUUCGAAGUGUCUUCUUUUUCUAUUUCCGAUGUAAAAUAUGUGUGUUAUGUAUCUCAGGCACAAAGUUGUGAACUUUCUUUCGUUAGCUGGCUUUCUAUGAGUAGAAAUUGAAACUUUUACAUUAUUGGUUGAGCAAUGAGACCAUCAGCAAUUAUGCAUUUAUGCUACCUUGGUUGUAAAGCUCUUAGGGGUCGUUUGCUUGUUGGAUUUAAAAAAU